CACAUGACCACCGAAAAUUGUCAUGUGAUUGAAGGUGAAAAUUCAAGGAAGUGCUGGCGUUGACUGGAGUACGGACUCUCAGAGAUGGUCUCAACUGGGAUUUUCUUGCUGGCAUUUGCCGUAGCCAGUUCAGCACUAGAGAAUGGCUUGAUGAGGACCCCACCAAUGGGCUGGAUGGCCUGGGAACGCUUCCGCUGCAAUGUGGACUGUGAGAACGACCCCAAGAACUGCAUCAGUGAGGGCCUCUUUAUGGACAUGGCCGACAGGUUGGCGGAGGAUGGCUGGAUGGAGCUGGGCUAUGACCACGUCAUGAUCGACGACUGCUGGACCUCCAUGCAGCGAGACAAAGAUGGCCGACUCCAGGCAGAUCCGCACAGGUUUCCAGGAGGGAUUGCUAAGCUGGCACACUAUGUCCAUCAGCGGCGCCUUAAGCUGGGCAUCUAUGCGGACUUUGGCACGCACACCUGUGGGGGCUACCCUGGCACCACUCUCGACAAGAUUGAGACUGACGCGCAGACGUUUGCCAACUGGAAAGUGGACUACCUCAAAUUCGACGGCUGCUACUCCAGCGCAAAGGAACAAGAGAAAGGGUACCCGGCCAUGUCAAAGGCUCUGAAUGCAACAGGGCGCCGCAUUGGCUACUCAUGCAGCUGGCCAGCCUAUCAAGGUGGACUUCCUCCAAAUAUUAAUUACACGUUCCUGGGUGAAAUCUGCAAUCUGUGGCGUAACUAUGACGACAUUGAGGACUCAUGGAAGAGUGUUCUCAGCAUCGUGGACUGGUUCUUUGGCAACCAGGAUCAGCUGCAGCCAAUGGCUGGACCGGGACACUGGAACGAUCCGGACAUGUUGAUCAUUGGCAACUUCGGCCUCAGCCCUGACCAAUCCCGUUCUCAGAUGGCUCUCUGGGCCAUCAUGGCCGCCCCGCUCAUUAUGUCCAACGACCUGCGGACACUGACCAGCGAGGCCCGGGACAUUCUUCAGAACAAAGCCAUCAUAGCCAUCAACCAGGAUGUUUUGGGUAUCCAAGGCAGACGCCUGCUUCAGGAGAAGAGUCGUAUCGAGGUGUACUGGCGUCCUCUGGCUCGGUCAACCAGUGCUCUGGUGUUUUUCAGCCGUCGCUCAGACAUGCCUUAUCGCUACCAAACCAGCCUGGCCAGAUUCAACUACCCCGCCGGCCUCUAUGAUGUAUAUGAUGUCUUCACCGGGACGUGGAUGACUUUACCGUCGCAUGACACACCCUUUACAGUCUCAAUCAACCCCUCCGGGGUGGUCAUGUGGUAUGUCGCCCCCGCCACACUCCAGGAGGCGACUGGAGAAGCAGGGAGGUACCCCAACGUCCGGCACAAGUACAGAAUAUCUUCAUUAAAGCACCACCAGCCAGAAGGAGAGCGUCACUUUUUCCUUUGAGAGAAAAAAGCAGAAUUCCACUUUCAGUUUUCUUUUUCAAGAGAUCUUGUUUGUGGACACUGUAAAAAUUAUGGGAAAAAUAGACUUGACUUUUCAGAAACAAUUUAGUUUUUGCCUCAAUGAAGCACUUGCACUUGCAUUUUUACUCUUUAAUAAUAAAAUAAUUGUUAUUUUUAUUUUUUCAUUGUAAUGGCUGGUAUAUAACAAUAAAAGAAAAGUGUGAACUUG